AUGAACGCUGCGCUGAGAAGAGGCACACUGAGGGCUGCGCUGGGAGCCGCGAGACGGCCAGCAGACACCGCAGGCCCACGACGCAGCGCACACUCAGCAGCAGCGAGCUUCAAGUGGACAGACCCGCUGGACGCAGAGAGUCUCUACACGGCAGACGAGCUGGCUAUCCAGGACACGGCCCGGCGGUACUGCCAGGAGCAGCUGGCCCCGAGAGUCCUAGAGGCAUAUCGGAAUGAGGCCUACGACCCGGAGAUCCUGCGCGAGAUGGGCUCGCUGGGCCUGCUGGGCGCUACGAUCCAGGGCUACGGCUGCGCAGGCGUGUCGACGGUGGCCUCGGGCCUGAUCACCAAGGAAGUCGAGCGAGUCGACUCGGGCUUCCGCAGCGGCAUGUCCGUCCAGUCCAGCCUGAUCAUGACGGGCAUCCACGAGUUUGGAUCCGAGGAGCUGAAGCAGAGACUGCUCCCGCAGCUGGCCCAGGGUAAACUGCUAGGCUGCUUCGGCCUGACCGAGCCCAACCACGGCUCCGACCCAGGCAGCAUGGAGACCGUCGCCAGACCUCAUCCUACCAAAAAGGGAUUCUUCUCUCUCUCUGGAACCAAGACCUGGAUCACCAACUCGCCCAUCUCAGACGCCUUUUUGGUCUGGGCCAAACUCGACGGCAAGAUACGCGGGUUUGUGGUCGAGCGAGACCAGUGUCCCGAGGGAACGCUCAGGACGCCUGCUAUCAAGAACAAGACUGCCCUGCGAGCUUCGAUCACAGGCAUGAUCCAGAUGGACAACUGUCCUGUCCCCGAAACUAACAUGUUUCCCGAAGUAACGGGCCUGGUGGGACCGUUUACCUGUCUGAACAGCGCCAGGCUGGGCAUCGCGUUUGGUACGAUGGGGGCGCUGGAGGAUUGUAUUAGCCGGGCACGAGAGUAUGCGCUGGAGAGGAAGCAGUUCAAGGGCAACCCGCUGGCCAAGUACCAGCUGGUGCAGAAGAAGCUGGCGGACGCUGCUACGGAUGCGGCGUAUGGAACGCUGGCGGCGGUGCAGGUGGCCCGGCUGAAGGACGAGGGCAAGGCUGUGCCGGAGAUGAUAUCCAUGAUCAAGCGGCAGAACUGUGACCGGGCCCUGGCUGGCUCGCGGACGCUACAGGAGAUCUUUGGCGGCAAUGCUGCGAGUGACGAGUAUCAUAUUGGCAGACAUGUAGCCAACCUGUUCGUUACCCAGACCUACGAAGGCCAGAGUGAUAUCCACAGUGAGUUCUUCACUAUUCUUCUACUUAUAUUUACUAUCAUACAUGCUAACUUACUGACUAUCCAGACAGCACUCUACCACAUCCACUUCACCAUCUACCAUCUACAUCCACCAUCUACAAUCUUCUACCAACCAUCUACUGUCUUCAUCUACUCCAUCUCUCUUCUCUUCUUCUACUAUCUUCUUCUAUCAUCUUCUCUUCUCUACUCUACCCCUAUCCCUAUCCAUCUUUCAGCCUUCACCUUUUCUUCGCUUUUUCUCGCUUUUUCUUCUCUUUCUUUUUCUUCACCAGCAAAAAAACAUCAACAGCGACGACGAACCGACCUUCACGAUAGUCCAGGCUUCUCCCGCAGGUAUAUAAAGACCUCCCCUUGCUGUCUGCCUCGCUGCCAGGCUGCUUCUCCCUCUCCCUCUCUCGUCGUUCCUCCUCUGCUGGCUGCAAGAAGAGGGAAAACACGCUUGUCUCGGAACCAGCUAACACCCAACCCCGCCAUAGCCACCGAAGAGAGAAAAAACUCACCACCGCCGGAACGCACACGACCACGACCACCCCAGGUCUCGCUCGCUCCUCUCCCUCAGACACUUCACCUUCAGACAGCCGUCAUGGCCCUCAAGCGCAUCAACAAGGAACUCACAGACUUGGGACGGUCAGUCUCUCCUUAA